AUGUUCAAUUAUUCAACGUCCUAUUUUGCUAGUUCCAAUGAAAAAAACAACUAGUUGAAAGAGAAAAUCUAUAGUGCUCUCUAUUAGUCUCCAAACACAUCCUAGUAAUAAUUUUUUUAUCCCAAAUAGUGAUGUUAUGAAGUGGAUUCCGAGCAAUGAUAUUUCCAAUUUGUCUGUGUCAAUAGAAUAAGAAAUUGAUAAAAUUCUAUAGGUGGUGCCUCCCUUUCAAUUUUAACCUAAUAAAUAGAUCUCCUUUCAAAAUUGUUCAACUUAACAAUAUGUUGAUCGCCAACCUCUAACAAAUUUAAAUUCAUCUUAAACCAAGUAUUCUGAAAACAUUUGUGAACCUGAAGUACAGCAAAUCGAACACCCUCAAACGUAAGGUAAUUCAAAACAACGGAGAAGAGAACAAUAACCUCCUUCGAAGUAGAAUUAAUACAUUCAGGAUUUGAAUACGAGAUAUUAAGAACCUCCAAAAAAUGCUUUUUAAGAAGAUUACAAUAAUCCAUCUAGCAAUAUUGAGGAGGAAUAUGAUGUCAAUACUAAAUAGUCAGUCACUAAUAGAGAUUCUCGAGAAAAAGGAGGCUUAAUUAAAUAAGAAAAAUACAAAAGUAAUGAACUCUCAAAGUUAACUGAACAAUAAACUUGUUUAAAUUAAAGCGUUGGUAAUUCCUUUAUAUUAGAUACAUUAAUCAACGAGGAAACAAUCAAAUAAACAAAUUCAGUAGAAGUUGAAAACUAACCCUUUAACACAAGUUAGAAUUGGGCAAAAAUGAAGAUAAGAAAAGAGGCUAAAUAAAACGAAAACUAUAAAACACAAAACUUUUUAGAUCUUCUAAAUUCCUUGCCCUCUUUCUUCAUUCAUUAAAUGGAGGGUGAAAUUAAAGUUGACAAAUUAAGAGCUUAAGAUAAUCAAGAAGGAUAAUAUUACCAAUCCUUUGAACUUACUGUCAAUCCAUAAAAAUUGAUUGGACCAAUUAAUUUUAAAAAGCAUCUAAAAAUUGUAAUUUUCCAUAAUAUACUAAUUAGCAUGUAAGAUUCAAGAAGGGUUACUAAGGUGUAGUUUAUUAUGAUAGACAAUUGUAAAAUGUUAUUCCACAAAAUUAAGUUGAUGGAAUUACAUUAAAAAAUGAACCAUUUUUGUUAGCAAACAAUUCUGACAAACCCAUUAAAGUGAUUUGCUGCAUAGUUGGAAUUAAAAAAUGA